CUUGUCCCUGUGUCUCGUCCAAGCCCGAGUCCCGCUCACCCCCUCCUCGCAGCGUCCCUUGUCCCCUCCCCGCGCCCCGUCCCGCCCCUCUUCCCCCCGCCCGCCCGGGGAGAUGGCGCUCAGCCCCCCCGAGCGGGACGCGCCGGGGCUGCCGCUGCACUCGCCGUGGACCUUCUGGCUGGACAAGUCACUUCCUGGUACAACAGCGGCUGAAUGUGCAUUAAAUUUGAAGAAGAUAUAUACAGUACAAACAGUGCAGGAUGAGUCCCACCUGUGGCUUUGCUUACCUGAGGAUUUCUGGAGUGUUUACAACAACAUUCCUCCCGUGACAAACUUGCCUCUGAGAUGUGGCUACCAUUUAAUGCGGGGAGAAAGGCGCCCGCUUUGGGAAGAAGAAAGCAAUGCCAAAGGAGGUAUUUGGAAAAUGAAGGUCCCUAAAGAAAGUACGGCUGCAGUUUGGAAAGAGCUACUGCUAGCAACUAUUGGAGAGCAGUUUACAGAUUGUUGUGCAGCAGAUGAUGAAGUAAUAGGGGUUAGUGUCAGUGUCCGUGACCGUGAAGAUGUUGUGCAAGUCUGGAACAUGAAUUCCUCUUCAGCGAGUGAAGCAAAAGUUUUAGAAAAGAUUCAUAAACUUCUUCCACAGACAUCUUUUAAAGUGGUCUUUUAUAAAUCCCACAGAGAGCAUCAUGCUUUUGAAGGCUGAUGUGGAAAGCACUGAGUGCUUUGUAUGCCAAGAUCAUUUGUUGUUAUUUGGUGUUUUGAGAGGGUCUGGACAAGGAGGAGGAUGGUGGAAGCCCUGCAGAAGUGCUCCAUGGGGUUGGCCCUUUUGAGUUUCUGACAUUUCACACGGGCCUAUUGCUACUGAAAAUGAAAAAAAAACCAAAACUGAACAGUUCCCUUGACCACUAAAUAAGUGAUUCAUUGCUUCAUGUUGAGGUGUUGUUCUUAGUUGUUUCUCUAAAAAAAUAUUUUGGCCACUUGUUUGUUCACCCUGAUUAUAUUUGUUCCCAUUUCUUAAAGAUAGUUGUCUUUCUCUCCUGUGCUGUACUUAGUGAAAAGCAAACGUGCAGAGAUGCUAUGCUGCUUUUCCAAGAUGUGCUGUACAUAGAGGAACCCUGGCUUGGGGAAACGUGUUUUCAAUUUUCACUUUGAAACAUUCCUAUCAUGUUAAAGUUUACUCACUGGUUUGUCCCAAGAGAGAAAGAAAUUGCACUGCAUUUAUUCUAAUGUUCCGUGUAAUCUGGUCCUGCACUGACAACAGCACAUACUGUAAAUGUAAAUAGAAAAAGGUACCUUAAAUGAGCAAUUAAAGAGAACACAUUUAUAUUGGGACUAACCCUGUGUAGGAUGAUGUCACUGUCUUUUGAUUGUAUUGAUUUCAGAAGAGCCCUUGUUCAGGUUAGAAUCAGAAAUUUCUCAGUAGGAAACCCUGCAAACUCAACACCUCUUACUUAAGGGUGAUAGGGUAUUUAUGGUUUUAUAUUGUAUGCUCUCUUAUGGUAUCUUUCUGUACAUCCAUCAAAAAGUGUCAUGAAUAAUUUCUGAUGAAUUGUACAAAGUGGAUCCAUUCUUCCCACUUCCUUAAGUCUGUCAGGCCCAUGUCUGCACCCACUAGGUCAGUGUCAGAAUUGCUGCUGACUUCAGUGCACAGGAAGAGAUCCCAUUGUCUGUAGUUUCAAACCCUUAAAACUUCCUAAGUGUCCUUUUAAAAAUAAACAAAAAAUACAGAAAAAAAAAUUGUGUUGCAGCUUGAAUAGGAAUAUAAGCAGUGUUAACCUUUAAAUGUUGGUCUCUUUGAACUAUUUGAAGUGUUUUAAUAUACUACCAAAGAUUGAUGUGGUUCCUUUAACAAGAAGGUGCAAGGUAGAGAUGAACAUACCCUCUGCUGAACACUCCUUCAUCCUUUAGAGGUUUUUGUCUGGUAGCUCUUUAAGUUGCACUGAUUUCCACAUCUUUAGUAUAUUAAGAGGCAGCCAUAAAAGUCAAAUAAAUUUAAAAAUAAGUAUCACACAUUUGAGAUUUUUUUUUACGAAUUUAUCUUGUACUUACGACUUUAACUUGUAUUUAUGGAUUUAAACUGUGUAGUUAAUGAGCAUUAUUAAUUAAACACAUUUUCCAAAAUCCAAGCGUCUUGCUUCUGUAAUUGCUUUUUGGGAUGAAAUGUCACUGGUCCUACUUUUUCAAACCUGUGUAUUUUACAUUAAAACUUGCUCUCUUAAAA